AGAUGUUUCCCCGCCCUCCUUGCAAGUCAGGUGCGUUGUCUGUAGGGGGUACUGCAACCCGCUGGCCGCAGCCUAUAAAGCGCAACAGGCAAAUCCCCUUCCCCCGCGUCCCACCUCCUUCCCCCGCCGUCGACUGCGCUACUUAGAGACCUGGCGCUGGAUAUUUAUUUAGUGAGGCGCUUGAGCAGGGAGAGCGAGGGUUUGACUUGCCGGAGCCAGGAGUCUGCCGGCUUCAGAGACAGAACUUUGCUGCUGCUGGUGGGGUCAAGGAGAAGACGACGCCUGUCCCAGAAGAAGGACGUUGUCCUAGAGAGAAGCAGCUGCGUUUGGCGACCAUCAGCAGGACAAUACGACCGGACCGGAGGAGACUGCAGGAGGGAGGCUGGCUGGACCUGGAUUUUGAGGAAAGCUGGAGGGCAGGCUUGGAGCAGGACGGUCCCUGGAAGUGGGGCGGAGAGAGACCAAGCCAAGCCAGGAUGAAAAUGCUGAAGGAUUCUAGGUUUCAUCAUUCUUAAGAAACCACAUUGAGACAAGGAGCAUGGAUCCUUUAUACUUCUCCACUGCUUUCCUCAAAGAAGCUAUUGCUCCAGAUGAUAACUUCUCCUUUUUGGCUAACACAACAAGCAACACGACUCUCGUAGGGUUUUCCAUUCCUACCAACAUCCGCUCUGUGCUCAUUCCAAUCAUUUACCUCAUGGUUUGUGCCGUUGGGCUGAGCGGGAACACCUUGGUCAUUUACGUGGUCCUGCGUUAUGCCAAGAUGAAGACCGUCACCAACAUUUACAUUUUAAACUUGGCAAUCGCUGACGUACUCUUCAUGCUCGGCUUGCCAUUCCUGGCUACCCAGAAUGCCAUCUCCUACUGGCCAUUUGGGACUUUCAUGUGCAGGCUAGUGACAGCUUUUGAUGGCAUCAACCAAUUCACCAGUAUCUUUUGCUUGACAGUCAUGAGUCUGGACCGCUACCUUGCCGUGGUUCACCCCAUCAAGUCUACCAAAUGGCGUCACCCAAGGUUCGCCAGAUUGAUCAGUCUGGCAGUCUGGACUUUCUCCUUCCUGGUGGUGCUCCCAAUGAUCAUAUUUGCUGAUGUCCAGGAAACCUUUGACACCUGCAACAUGAGCUGGCCUGAGCCAGUUCAGAUCUGGUCUGCAGUGUUCAUCAUUUACACCUCCGUCUUGGGGUUCUUUGGACCUCUGCUGGUGAUUUGCCUCUGCUACUUGCUGAUCAUCAUCAAAGUCAAGUCCUCAGGGAUCCGAGUGGGCUCUACAAGGCGCCGGAGGUCGGAGAGGAAAGUGACCAGAAUGGUGGUCAUCAUUGUGGUCGUUUUUGUUUUCUGUUGGCUUCCCUUCUACAUUGUCAACAUCAUCAACCUGAUCUUCAUCUUGCCGGAGGAGCCUGUCUUGGUGGGCAUCUUCUGUUUUGUGGUGGUUCUUUCCUACGCCAACAGCUGUGCCAACCCCAUCCUGUAUGGAUUUCUUUCUGACAACUUCAAGCAGAGCUUUCGGAAGGUCCUGUGCCUCCGCAAAGGAAAUGGCAUUGAAGACGGCGACCCAACCGAACAUCGGCAAGAGAAGAGCAGCCGCCUGCAGGAGGCAAUGCUACUCCAGAGAAGUGUGGAGUCCAAUGGGCACAUGCAGAUUAGCAAGCUGUAGAAAGGGACCUCCAUUGCCUUCAAAAGAACUGGAACUUGCUUGGAGCACAUUAUGGUGGCAAAUGCCGGCAAAUGCCAUGGGCAUGAUAAGAAUGGACUUUGCCAAAUCCUGUUUCCAGGGUGUACAAAUAUUUGCUUUCUUUCCGCCUUGCGCAGAAAUGCUCUCCUCUUCAACAUUACAUCACGCAAGCAAGACCAGAAAACAGGGGUGGGGUUAUGCAGAUCAAGGGGGUGGGGCAUGCAGAUAGCAGGAGGCUUAGUUCUCAAUGGGGAACACUGUUGCUCCACCUCAACCAUUGGCUUCAUAAAUAGGUGGAAAGGUAAGAAGGCCUGGAUCUUUCUACCUCACCCCAGCCCAUCAAACAUGGUAGAUAUAUCUCCAUCAUGCUUCAUGGGCAAGGGAGACAUAUGCCAGUCCCCAAUGUUCUACACUGUGGGCUGAUGGGAGUUGUAGUCCAAGAAGCUGGAGGACACCAGGUUGGCAAUGGAUACACUAGUGCAGGGAUCCCCAAACUUCGGCCCUCCAGAUGUUUUGGACUACAAUUCACAUCAUCCCUGACCACUGGACCUUUUAGCUAGGGAUUAUGGGAGUUGUAGGCCAAAACAUCUGGAGGGCCACAGUUUGGGGAUGCCUGCACUAGUGCAAUCCAUAAGCGGAAACCACAACAGGAUUGGACAGACUUGAUUCUCAGUGGCUAAGUUAAGCUGGUAUAAAAUGGAUGGAAAUUUGUAGUAUUGAUACAUAGAAUGCAUUGUAAAUCCUGCCAACCCUAACACACCACAUGACACUGUCCCCAGGUAUGUUUCCACAGCUCUCUUGAGCAUGCUAAAAUCCACCUAGCCAUUCCUGGUAAAACAAAGCAUUCUCACAUCUUACUUACAUGCUUCUAGCGGCCUGCUGUUUUGCAGGUUGCUUCCAGCAGGGGCAGAAGGGACAUCAUCCAUCUCAGCGGCAAACCUGAGCAAAGCAAAUUUGAAGAAAAAUGUUCCAUUUUGUGUCCUGCUUUCCCAAGGGUUUUUUGCCCUGCCAUUUUUCCUAAAUCUAGCAGCACCCAUUAUCAGCACCACUAGAAAUCCGUUUGAAUUACGUAGGAAGCAGACUUUAAGCGUUGCACACCAAUGCUAGUUGGAAUAAUUUGGGUGGUGAUUUGGGGGAAAGGAGUAAAUUAAUUAAAACUAAACCAGAAUCAUGGAGUUGGAAGGUUCCCAAGGGUCAUCUAGUCCAACCCCCUGCAAAUGCAGGAACAUCAGCUAAAGCAUCCAUGAUAGAUGGCCACCCAAGCUCUGCUUCAAAACCUCCAAGGAAGGAGAGUCCACAACCUCCCGAGGGAGUCCGUUCCACUGUUAAACAGUUCUUGCUGUCAGAAAGUUUUUCUGAAUGUUUAGUCGGAAUCUCCUUUCUUGCAACUUGAAGCCAUUGGUUUGAGUCCUACCCUCCAGAGCAGGAGAAAACAAGCAUGCUCCCUCCUCCAUUUGACAACCCUUAAGAUAUUUGAAGAUGGCGAUCAUAUCUCCUCUCAGUCUCCUCUUUUCCAGGCUAAACAUACCCAGCUCCUUCAACCGUUCCUCAUAAGGCUUAGUUUCCACACCCUUGGUCACCUUGGUUGUCCUCCUCUGCACAUGUUCCAGCUUGUCAACAUCCUUGUUAAAUUGCAGUGCCCAGAAUUGGGCACAGUAUUCUAGGUGUGGUCUGACCAAGACUGCAGACCCGUGAGUGACAGUGGGGUGCAAGGAAUCCGAAUCAACAAGCAUUGCACCAGCUCCUGCAAGUGGCAGUUAAACCAUGGACCAGCACGGGCACUGUCCAAUAGCAUCAGCAAGUCUAAUGCAGAGCCAGAAGGCCUACUUCUGAGCAGGAAGAAGCUGUCCUGCAGGCUGCCGGAAUUGAGUAAAGCUCGGACCAUGGGACUGGAGCAUCAAGCUUGCUGCUGCCUCUGCUUGUGAGGGCUGAGGGUUGUUAUCGUGGUGAGUCCAUCACUGGAAAAUGUGAGUUCCUUCAGUUCUGCAGGGUGGCACAAAUUCCUUGGCGUAUAGCCUCAGGGGCUCUGUCGGGGUGCCCAGUUUCCUACGAUCCUGGCUCUGUGGCAGAGUUCUCUAAUGAGAAUGUUUUAUCUGAAUCUCGCUCUGGGAACUGGCAGGUUCCACUUCCCCUCCUUAAAAGCACAAGAACAGGUGUAGGGAGAGGGUCUGGCAGUGGUCACAUGCAAGCCAUACAUUUAAAAUGCUAUUUUGCCACUUUAAACAGUUUCAGCUUCCCCCCAAAUAAUACUGGGAGCUGCCAUCCAUCAAAAGUGCUGAGACUUGUUAGGAGAUACUUGUACAGUAUUCCCUUUCCCAGAACUACAGUUCCCAGAGUUAUCUGGGCAGGGGGGAUUGUUAAACCACUCUGGUCUGGGAAUUGUAGUUCUGGGAGGGGAAAAGGGCUCACCUAACAACUCUCUGCACCCUGAACAAACAACAAUUCUGGGGGUUCUUUGGGGAAAGACAUGGCUGCUUAAAGUGCUCAAAGCAUAAGGUGUGGGUGUGGCCAGUGUGGCAAUUUGCUCUUCUUUGCAGCUAAUUCUGCAUCUGCUAAGGUCUGUCCUUAACAACUUGGUACUCCAAUGUGCCAAACUUUUUCUCGCUCGUGCCCAGGGUGCACAGCUAGAUGUGGUCCAAUGCAAUCUUGCCUUGUGGAUAAGAGGAUUUUUAAAUGCACACACCUAUAAUGUGUUCCUUUGCAGUGUUAUCUUCUUUUUUUUAAGUCAUGUCAUCUCUCCUCUCAGCACUUGUUUUCUUGCUUCUGAAGUGUGUGUCGUCUGCUGCUGUUUUGAAAUGCCAGGAACCAGAUUUGCUGUAAAUAAGGGUCAGGCUGCAGCCUCCCGAUGUCCUUCAAAAUGCUUUAAGAAUAAAUAUACAAGGUGGUUCCAAACAAGGUGUGAUGGGCGUGGGCGGCGGUGUUGUGCCACCAACCUCCAUCUCUGUCCUAUGUCUCCCUGGUAACACCUAGCAAAAGAAGAUGGGAGAUGUGAUCCUCAUUGCUUCGAACAUUUCUCUGCUUCAUCUUCUCUCACUGUCUGCUGCUCUUGGAGGGGGAAGAAAUGUCAAGUAUGAUGGAAGUGUGUCAUGCAUUACAUUUUUAUGGAGAGAUGCGGGUAAGAGAAAGGUGACAACCACACACCCACACCCACAAUUUUUCCUAGGGCUGCAAUUUAUAUUAGGGUAAUCUAAUUUUUCUUUAGAAUUGAUUGUGUUAUAUAUAACCCAUUAAAAUGAAUGCAUCUAAAUUAGUCAUGCUCAUCAAUUUCAAAAGGUCUGUGCUUAAGACAAACAUUGAACACUACCCAUCAAAAUGUAAAAGCCUUGGAUCUAUUCCAAAGGCACUCUACAAUUGGGAAGCUCUCUCUCUCUCUCUGUGUGUGUGUGUGUGUGUGUGUCUACUGUCACCCUGAGGGCCACAUUACGUCCUCAGGAACCCUCCAGGGGCCAUAUACUAACCUAGGCAAAUGAACCACCUCCAAAUUUCCCAUGUCACACCUUAUUUGUGAGGAUCAUACUUUGCACAGAAGUAGCCCAGGAAAUCCUCUGGGCUCUUGGUUCACUCUGUACAUUUCACCUUUCAUACGAAGCUGUUUGUUGAAUGUGACCAUACUGUUUUUACAUCUGAGAAUGAUUGUGUUGUCCUGGCAAGAUUUUGUGAAUUCAUGUGCUGGUUUGCUGUCCAAAAUAUGGCUGAGAAUUUAAAUACUAUUUUCAGAUAUUAAAA